ACAGCUUACAAUAACUUGCAACCUCCAACUUCAGUCACCUAGUCAGGAAGCUACGACAGCAAGAUCAUCGUUGUACGGGCAGGUAUCUCUACCUCUAUCUUCUCUUUCUUGCACACACACUCUGCAAGAGCCUCCAUCCUCCUUGCACUUACCUCAACCUCAUUCUUGUCGCCCUCACUUUGCAAGAGCUCCCCUCUCGCACUUACCUCAAGGCCUCAACUUCAAGAUGUCUGGCAAUCAAGACGACACCACCGUGCCUGUGUACUACUCGCACCACAGCUACCUGUUCGCAGAAAUCACCAAGAAGCACCCCAACCUCACCACAGAAGAGCUCGAGAACGAGUUCAAAACCAAAGUUGAGGGCUCGUACGCCACCAAGCUUUUUGAGGAGUACGGCGCCUUUUACCACAUCUCGCGCGACCAAGUCGAUGCGUUCAAGGCGCUCGUUGCCGAUGAGUUGAUGUGGACCCGUUACAUCUACGACAAGCCUGAGGUUGGCCUCACCCUGCAACAGGGCACAAAGCUCGUCGCCAAGUUCAGAGCCAAGAUCGCUGAGCUUAAGGAGGCGCAUGCUGCGGAGAGGAAGAAGCUCCAGAGCGAGCAUAGAGCCGUCUAUGAAGCCUUCUACAAGGGCGCCUGCGCGGACUACAGCAGCCAGAUCAAAGAGCUGUCGGCCGAGAACGAGCGCCUCAAGGAGGAGAACGCGGAGGUCAAGCGCCUCAAUCAGGCUUUGCUCGAUGUCAGACGGGAGGAGCAGUUUGACAAAUUCGAGGUGCUUUUGGGGGCGAAGAUGGACCUUGAGAAGGACGUGAAGAGGAAGCAGGACAGAAUCAAGGAUCUUGAAGAUAAGGUCGCCGAGCUGAAGAAGCACAAGGGCCUCGCCGAAGAAAGCGCUCGAAGACUGGAGUAUAUCGAUGAGCUCAAGAACGGGAACAAGAUGUUGGAGGUGGAAAUCAAGAUCUUGACUAGGAAAUUGGUGGAACGGACUACCUAG